AUGGCAUCGCACCCACCGGGGAGGCUGCUCCUGUCUGCACCUUCGACUGGGCUUCCUCGAAGUGAGAAUGCCAUUCGGACACGUACCAAGAAGGCCCCGGUAGCUUGCACAGAAUGCCGCAAACGCAGAAUGAAGGCACGUGUACCGUGUGACCGUUGCCAACAUAGCCAGGCAACCUGUAUCCUCGACGAGUAUAGUGAUGGCCGCCGCAAGGCCGGCAUCGAACGCAGGCUGGAGGCUUUGGAGCGAGAUCGCUGCUUACUAAUGGGAUUGGUGGGAAGUAUUCGCAACGAUAAUGAACAUGAGCUUAAUAGAGCCUUGGAUUCUAUCCGGAGGAACGACUCGUUGGAUGAAAUCCGGCAGUCUCUUGCUGAAAGUCAGACCCCAGGAGAGUUGGAGCAUGGUCAGCAAGAAUUACAUGACGAUCCUCUCUACCGUGUACCAGCACAGCCAUGGACGUCAGUGACGGAUGAUAACAAUUAUGUUUCACAUCUUAUAUCGUUAUAUUUUACAUGGAACCACCCCGUGCAAAGCUGGAUUGACCGUAAUUUGUUCGUCAGAGACAUGCAGAGUGGUUGCACGGACUCUCUGUUCUGCUCUGCAUUUCUCGUUAAUGCCCUUCUUGCCGUUGCCUCUUUUUACUCAAAUUCACCGAUUCUGAGUACUCUAUCAACGUCUCCUCGUCCCGGAGGACUGGAAUUUUAUAAUGAGGCGAAGUGGCACUUAGAUCAGGAAGAAGGCAAACUUUCCUUGGCGGGUUUUCAAGGCCGUUGUGCGAUGUAUAUCAGUACAUGCGGCAUGGGAAAGAAUAUGCUGGGUUGGCAGUAUUUGGUGGAGAUUGCUGACUGUGCCCAAGAGUUGAUGAUUAGACGGAACACACUCAUUGCGAGAGCGAGGGAGCAGGAUCAAGAAAUCUCUCGAGCUCUGAACGUAGCAAUCAUUGGUUCGCUCAGCGUACCUCCUGUCGCUUUUGCUAGCCUCCACCAACUGUCUAUAAUGCCAGAGCCCACGUGUGAGCGGCCGCCUCAAGACCAUAGUGAAGGGGACAUGUGGUUUCCGUAUCCGUUAAAGUCUGAUUCCGUGUCAACGCACGGUAACUGCGUGACUAAUGCCUUGUUUAACUUACAGCUCAUUCUGUGGGAUGUUUCUAACAGCCUCUUUGGAGCUAGCGGGCAGCAACUUCGUUCCAGCAGUGAGGACAUGGCCAACGCCUUUAAACAGCGUCUAGAGGAAUGGGCUCUCCAGAUCCCUGAAUGUGCAAUGUUGGAAACCGGCAGACCAACCCCGGCAAUACUUGAUAUGCACAUGAGAUACCAUAAUGCCAUAAUUUCUAUAUUUGAUGGUAUCGGUGUUUCCAUAAAUAUUAGUGAACUAAAUACGUUGCGGACUGGUAUUGGCAAUAUCCGUGUGUCUGCGGCCCGUACGUUAUCCCUCUUACUUGGGCUUCAUACAUCUUAUUGGCCCGCAAUCUAUAUGCCGUUGAAUUAUAUUCAUUACGCAAAAGUUGCGCUGUUGACUUUACUCGACGAUCUUGACAACGAGGAAAGUACAGGGUCAUUUGUGAGCUCCUUUACUGCUCUUCAUACAUGGGCAGGUCGGUUGCCUUUAGCAAAAGAUGUGCUACAAGAUAUCCAAUUGAAAGCUACUCAGUGUGAAUUAGAACUACCGCGAGAGAUCACUAGUUUAUCCUCGCUUGGCGAAAACAGUUGA